ACCAUCACCGCCACCAACCACGAUCAUGUCAUCGCAAACCCUCACUCCUUCCUCCUCUAUAAAUCUGAACCAUCCUCCACGCUUGCCUCGCCGCCAUCUCACCCUUCCUCCCAUUCCCCUCCGGCGACUACUCCCUCCUUCUCCCCCUCUACUCCGCCACUACCGAUCCCUUCUUUCCGUCGCCGCUAGCACCGGCGCCAUGGAGCCCAUCGGUGAAUGGGGCCUCUCGCCGCUCUCCGCCGUUGACCCCGAGAUCUACGACCUCAUCGAGCACGAGAAGCACCGUCAGUCCCAUGGCAUCGAGCUCAUCGCCUCCGAAAACUUCACCUCCUUCGCCGUCAUCGAGGCCCUCGGUAGCGCCCUCACCAAUAAGUACUCCGAGGGCAUGCCCGGAAAUCGCUACUACGGCGGGAACGAGCACAUCGACGCCAUCGAGAAUCUUUGCCGCUCCCGCGCCCUCGCUGCCUACCGCCUCGAUCCCUCCGAGUGGGGCGUCAACGUCCAGCCCUACUCCGGUAGCCCUGCCAAUUUCGCCGCCUACACUGCUCUGCUCAACCCCCACGAUCGCAUCAUGGGCCUCGAUCUCCCUUCCGGCGGACACCUCACCCACGGCUACUAUACCUCCGGGGGUAAGAAGAUUUCUGCCACCUCCAUUUACUUCGAGAGUCUCCCUUACAAGGUCAGCCCCACGACCGGAUAUAUCGACUACGAUAAGCUUGAGGAGAAAGCCCUGGACUUCCGCCCCAAGCUCAUUAUCUGCGGUGGAAGUGCCUACCCGAGAGAUUGGGACUACGGUAGAUUUAGAUCCAUUGCUGACAAAUGCGGGGCCUUGUUGCUCUGUGAUAUGGCUCACAUCAGUGGCCUUGUAGCUGCUCAGGAAGCGGCAAACCCUUUCGACUUCUGUGAUGUAGUAACCACCACCACACACAAGAGUCUUAGAGGACCUCGGUCUGGUAUGAUCUUCUUCAAGAAAGGCCCAAAGCCUCCAAAGAAGGGACAGCCGGAAGGUGCUGUUUAUGAUUUUGAAGACAAGAUCAACUUUGCAGUGUUUCCAGCUCUCCAAGGUGGCCCUCACAAUCAUCAAAUCGCUGCUUUGGCUGUGGCCUUGAAGCAAGCAAUGACACCUGGUUUCAAAACCUAUGCCAAGCAGGUUAGGGCCAAUGCCGUCGCUCUUGGGAAUUAUCUGAUGAGCAAGGGCUACAAGCUCGUCACUGAUGGCACUGAGAAUCACCUUGUUCUAUGGGAUCUUCGACCUCUUGGUUUGACUGGGAACAAGGUUGAGAAACUUUGUGAUCUUUGCAACAUUACUGUCAACAAGAAUGCGGUUUUUGGUGACAGUAGUGCAUUAGCUCCUGGUGGUGUUCGAAUUGGCACUCCGGCGAUGACAUCUCGGGGCCUGAUUGAGAAGGACUUUGAGCAGAUUGCAGAGUUCCUUCACCAGGCGGUCGCCCUUUGCUUGAGCAUUCAGAAGGAACGUGGAAAGCUGCUGAAAGAUUUCAAUAAAGGCCUGGUGAACAACAAAGACAUUGAGGAGCUGAAGGCAGCUGUUGAGAAGUUUGCUGCAUCAUUCGACAUGCCCGGCUUUCAAAUGGCCACCAUGAAAUACAAGAACUAGGACCCCAAUUUUCUAAGUGUUUUCCAAAUUUCCAGUAAUGUUUUUUUUUUCCUUCUCAUGCUACAUUCUCUUGGACACUGUUGUUAUCCGAGAAUGGUCAAUCCAAAGAAAAAUGGCGAUUUGGUAUAUUUGUGCUAUCUCUGUAAGCAGGGAUGUUCUUUGUGAUCUAGCGAUAAGAAGCCUCAAUUUUUCUCCU